AUGGCUCCCGGUCCGGAUGAUGGCAAGGCUGAGGCGGGCGCGAAGCUCUUCAAGGCCAAGUGCGCGCAGUGCCACACGUGCAACGAGGGCGGCCCCAACAAGCAGGGCCCCAACCUGUUCGGCGUGAUCGGCCGCCAGUCGGGCCAGGUGUGUGCACACUGGGGCCUGUGCAGUGACGAAUUCGCACCACCCCGGCGGGGAUUUGGCGUGGCUGGUGGUGGGGGUCGCAAUUUCGCGAUUUUGUGA